AUGGUUAUAUCGUCGAAAGCAGUCGUUCGAUCAAAGCUGAGAGCAUUUUACAGUUCUUCAACUUUAAUAACAAUUCUUAUACUCGUUUCACUGCUCAAUACUGUCCCUGUAGACAGCAGAAGUUUUGAAGCACCGAUUGUUCAUCAUUUUUUUUCAAUAAAAGAUUCAAGAAAAAUUAAUGAUGUAGACAAACUGUUUCGUCAGGUAUAUGGAAGUUGUUUAUUGGAGAGAAACGAACAGCUACGAAAGAUAGCGGAAACCGUAUGUUUGAUUUGUCACGAAUUGUAUUCAAACCUAAGACCAAAUACCCGUGCCGAAUGCCGAGCAAAUUGUUUUAACAACACCAAAUUUCAAGAAUGUCUGAACUUUUUUGAGACAGAUACUCAACAGCAACAAACAACGACUGCACCAACUUCAUUGUAA